AUGGCGGGAAUAGUUGCCCCAGGAUCGACGACUGCGGUGGUGAAUGGGGCGCGGUCGCAGUUCGAUGCAAACACGACCGCCAACAAGAGUCGCCCAAACGGCGCCCGCCAAAACUCGUCAGGUUCCACGCGUUCACCAUUAUCGACAUUGGCCCCCAAUCGCAAAGAAAGCGGCAGUGUCAACGGACGUGUGGCUCCCCACAGCAGGGUUGAAGAGCUGGGUCAACGAGACGCGAGUCUAAUACGUAGUGGGAGCGAGCCGGACAGCCUACUGGAACUCUACAAGAGCAACCCCAGCAGCGGCAAUGUCAGUCAGCACCAGCCGGACAAUGACAUCCCCGAGAACAUGUACCGGCCGACCGAGGACGAUCCCGAGGGCUGGAUUCACAGAGACAAACUGGCCAAAAUCGAAAGUGAAGAACUCCAAGCCGCAGGUAUCAACCUGGCAAAGGCUAGGAGGAAUACCGGCAAGAGUGCGCAAAGUGGGCAGAGAGACACAAGCCGGGGUCGACGAAGUGACGACCGCAGCAAUUCCGAGCUUCGCAGAGGCGACACGGAAGACUCCACAAGACCGCGACUCGCAGAAGAACCGGUGCAAGAAGCAGAGGAGGAUGAAAGAUCCCAUUGGGACCUGCGCACACCCGAAGAGAUUGCAGCCGAAGCCUCAUCAUCACCGAUAUACUCGAACCCGGUACUCAGAAAGUCCGGUUCAAAGAUACCGGUGUUGACAUCGAGUCCUUUGCCGAUAGCACAAGAGAGGAUUGAACGGGACACGCCGCUGGUCCGGAAGCGUACCAUUAGUAACAGUAUGACACCGGAAGACGGCAUCCCCGUGCUGAAGAUCAAGAUGCGAAGAGGAAGUACCGGGAGUCAACCUUUGCAGGACGAAGGCGAUUCUUCUUUAUUGCCGACACCUACUACAUCUAGACUACUGACGCCCAAAGCAUCAUCACCCACAAAAGGCCGACCCAAACCUGCGACGGGCCAAGGCUCACCGCCCAAUACAUCGUCGGGCCGGAAGACAUCCGGCACAAUCAGGAAACCAUCGACAGGCACCAAACCUGCCGGCACACCCACACCAGGUCAAAGACCAGGGACAAGAUCUGGAGAACUCGAUCGCCCGCGGACGGCGGUCAACCGACCAGAGGGCGAUCCACCGUGGCUCGCAACCAUGUACAAGCCCGAUCCUCGGCUCCCUCCCGAAGAACAGAUCAUACCGACGCAUGCACGAAGACAACAACAAGCCCAAUGGGAAGACGAAGGUGCCGUGCCACGGACAUACGACCGAAACUUUUCACCUCUGGCGAUCCAUACGGGCAACGGACAGAUCAAGUCACCUUCGGCAGUCAGUCCUCCGUCCUCGCCCCCACCCGAACAACAGGGGACAGGCGAGGACGGUGGCAAUGCGUGGCCUCUGAAACCGGUGCCAAGCAUAAGAAACUCUGGCAGUGGCAGCAUCAGGCCCGGCACUGGAGGCAGCGCGAAUGGUGGAUACAGCACCAUGCCCAGAGUGACAAAUCCGGUACAAAGUCCCAGGAUGGGAAGCAUUACAUCUGUGCCUACGCAACCGCCUCCCAGGAUGCAAGUGCAGCGAAUGCAGGACGCCGGUACCGAGGAGAAAGUGAAAGAGAAGAGUUGUGGGUGCUGCGUGGUCAUGUGA